AGAAAUUGACGAUUCGAUUUAGUGGUGAAACAACAGUCGAUCAAGACAGUUUGAUUUAGUUUUUCAACCUCAGUUUCCGAGUUGGAUGAAAGAAGAAAAAACAAACAAAGCGAUUACAGCUCGUCAGUUGCAACAUUAAAAAGAAAGCCGUUUUGAAUCCGUUCUACUUCCUUCUCGAUUUGGACAGCAAAAUUUCAAACAAUAGAACGUCAAAUGGCUCACAAUUGAUGGCUUUCUUCAAAAUUUCCGUUCAGUGAGAAAGCGAAUGAAACGCGCUGCGCCAAUCGAAAUUGUGCGUAUGUGUUUAUGAGCGUGCGCGUGCGUUUAUCGUCACUAGCUCAAUGAAAAAUAAUGAAUCGAAGACGAACUAGAUGGAGAAAAAAUUAUUACCUGCAAAACAUUGAGAGAAAGAGAUAUGAAACGACAAAAUUAGCUGCGCGCAAUUAACCCAAUGAAAAUAAAAAUAUAAGAUAGGAAUAGAGAAAAAAGAAUGAAACAAUGACACCACAACGGUAAAUUAUCCGGAUGAUCAAUUACGAGUGAGUUUGUACGCGUGCGAGCGACAACGACGGCGAAGAAGACACUUUUUACUUUUAUUUCGGUUUGGUUAUACACAAUUCCGAAAUCUCUACACCAAUGUGAAUUACGCGCGUGCUAGAAACAAGAGUAGCUACUUCAAGACAAGUAGACAUACGACAACCUUAGAAAGAAGAAGAAAAAAGUGAAAUCUAUUGACCCACGUUGUGAAGAAGACCCACAAAAUAAUCGAAAGAAAAAAAGAGUACAUGAAAAAUUAUACAUCGCUUUAAAUAAAACCAGCAAGAGAGAAAGAGAGAAGCAAAAAUCAUCAUAAUAAUAAAAGUACAUGAGAAAAUAGUGAUGAUAAUAACUACUCAAGCGUAAACAUGGUUUGAUGGUAAGCAUCUCAUCGUUCGACCACUAGUUUGUGCCAAACACACGGUCGUAUAAAUUGUGCGAGCGCAUGGAGACCGUCGCUCGAUGUGUGAUGUGUAUGUGCGUGCGUGUGGAGAGGUAAAACGAAAGAGUUCAAAUAUGCAUAGAAAUAUUGAUUGAAAAAAAGAAGAAACAAAAUUAAAUGAAAAAAACAAACAGUUGAAAAGAAGAAGAAGAAGAAGAAGAAGAAAAAAAACCAGAGCCAGAGUGACGAUACUAGGUGAUGUUGAAUGAGUGAGGCUGCCGAUCUCAAAAGUAAACAUCAACAUUGGGGGGCCACCAGUGAAAUUAUUAUCAGUGUGAGUACGCGAGCAUAGUAACGUGAACACGAGCGCGGGAAGCAAUGGUAUGAGCUGAACUGAUCAAAUUACAAGGUAGAAGAGAAGAGAAACAAAAAAAAAACCCAGCAACAGCGCAUGAGGCACACAACGGCCAACUUUGUGAUAGACGGUUUAUAGCAAUUGCGUGCAUAUUAUUGUGCGAAAUCCCCUCGCGCUUGCUUUUGUGUACGGUUCGCACCCGCUCGACGGGGUCUCUUUCUCCUCACACACACACACACACACAUCCUACGAACCACAACGACAACAACAAGAGAAAAAAUAACAAAUUCAAUUUGAUGUGCGUAUGUGUGCGUAUGUGUGCGAGUGACAAAGUCAGUAUAAAGAAAUUGUCAUUCAAACGGAUUUGUUUUGUUACCGUCGAACGAGCGAGCCGAGCUCUCGUGCAAUGUCUUCGAAAGUGUGCAGUGCAAACGAUUCAAGCAAGUGACAAUAACAGCACAAAGACGAAAAAAGAAGGAAAAAUAUAGACAAUUUGUUUGAGACUUGCUCACAGUUUGUUUCUGGCUGACGUGAACAUACAUCACAGUGAAUGUUUAAUCGAGAAUCAACGACGACCAUCGAUUUGCAUUUUAUUUUUCUUUCUCUCUCUCUCUCUCUCACUUGCUCGACCCGAUUUUAAAUCGAUAUCAAUUUCAUUCGAAUCAAAUAGUGUAAAAACACAUUCCAACGAAGACAAGUGACAAAUGAACAACGAGACAAACAGACAUUUGAUAGUGUGACACAUGGAAUGGUGAAAAUUUGCAAUCGUAUCGAAUUUUCCGUUGGCUGACAAACACAAACCAAAUCGAACGAGACGUGAGAGAGAAAAAAAAAACCGAUCAGAUACGGGACAGUGUUUAAAGAAAAGCAAUCAAGCGUCAAGAGAUUUGAAGGCAGGUGGCAACUGGUUUCUGCAGCAGCCACAUCGAGAAUCAGAUUCAAAUCGAAAGAGCGGAGCCGAUUUCAUUUUGCAUUAGUCAUAAAUGCACAUGUGAAACUCUUUUUUUUUCGCCAAGAAACCCGCGUUCACGUUCUUUUCGUGUGUGUGUUCGUUGUUUGCUUCGAUUUUGGUUUAAAAUCGAUGUGAAUUUUCCAAGAAGCAUUACGUUUUUUUACCGUGAAACACUGACGGACUGAAUUGAAAUUUUGUGCACUCGAAUGUGUGGAAGUGUGGAACGCAACACCAAAAAGAAAUAACGAAAACAAUUAUACACAUUGGUUUGCUAUUGUUUUUGCCCUUCUUUUUUUUCGUGAAAACUGCCGUUGCAACUAAAACAAACUUAAAAUAAUAAGAACGAAAACCGCGACGCUCAAGUCAAUGCCAUCGGUCUAUAUGCAAAAGAAAAAUUUGACACACUGUUGAAUUGACAACCGUUUUAUCCAAUGGCGAUAUGAGUGACCCCAAAUUGGCGCUAAGACAACUAUCUCAAUUCCAUGUAGCCGUUAUUGUUGUUUUAAUUUGGUUUUCAUUGGCCGAAUACGCGGCGGUUGCUGAAAUCACCGAUCAUACCAAAUUAUUUCCGGAACAAAAUGAAGUUGAGCAGCUGGUGCGAGAAUGGGCACCAUUAGUUUGGCUUGCACCCAACGAGAAGUUUAUGCCGGGCGAUGUGACCGAUUUUCUGCAACAUGUUCACGCUGAAAAAGCGAAAAAACCAAAAAACGACGGCGGCGGCGGCAGCAACACCGCAAAUGUACAUGACCAACAACGGUUCCAAUCGGACGAUGGUGACGACGAACAAUUGUACUAUUAUGAAACAGCCAACGAGCUCAAUGUGAUAUUAUCACAACAAGAUCGACAUCCAUGGGAACGACGUCACAAACGAAUGUACAAAGACAAUUAUUUAUUCAAUUACAUCAUUGACCUGCCGAUCGGCGAACACUCGUCCAAUUGGUUUCUCGUUACAAACGACAACAUUGAUGAUUUAUUAGCCGAUCAAAGCUCAUUUAUUUAUGGCCAAAGUCCAAGCACAGGAAACAUUCCCAUUUAUGCAAUGGUUACACUAUGCAAUUCACAACCGUUAGAAAAUGAACCGGAAGAUAUUCAAUCGAAUUUAAUUGAUUCAAAGAUUGGCCGUCAUCAAGCUACAUAUAUACCUGUAUCGAAUCCACUGCUAAAAAGUACAUUCACCCGAACGAAAAAGAAUCUAUCCAUUGUACCGCGUCCGGUGGUUCAAUCGAAUAGUUUUCAAUUUGAACGAACUGCCGUACCUGAUGCUAAAAAUACAACAAUAAAUGCGACAAUGCAGCGGCACAAGCGUGAUUUGCAAGAAUCCACGACAGUCAUUCCGAUGGAUGAUGCAGCAAAGACAACGGAAUCAAUGCCAAGCACAUCGCAGACAAUAUCCAAUGAAUUGAAUGAAACCGUUGAGCAAAAUGAGACUUAUGAUACGAUCGAUUCAGUUGCUAAGCCAACUGAUUCAUCAUCAGACAACUCAUAUCCUAGUUUUCACGUCACCUAUUGGAUGUUUUAUCCAUAUAGUCAGGGUAAAUCUAUCUGCACAUUAAGUCUGGGUCCAUUUGGGAAUUUGCCAAUUCCGCAAAUAUUCGGCAUUUGCCUGGGCACAAAAAAGGAUUUUGGCAGCCAUGUAGGCGAUUGGGAGCAUAUGACCCUGUAUUUCAAUGGACGCAAAGAGCCCGAUCAAAUGUAUGUGUCGGCACAUGAUGCGGGCGCCUACUAUCAAUACGAACGAUUGACGGGAACAUUUGAUUUUCGUCGACAAGAAACGCGCAAAGGCAUUUUACAGCAUCCGAACUUUCCGCGCACCGUUGUCACAUCGAAGAAUCAUCCGGUUUUGUUUUCGGCUCAAGGUUCGCACGGUCUAUGGACGGCACCAGGUAAACAUCGAUUUGUGCGUGUCGCGCGAUUAUUUGAUGUGAAUGGCUUUGGUACGGCGUGGCCGACAUGGAAACAGGUGGAAAUUUCGUUUGAUAGCGAAAGAAGCGGCCGUUCAAUCGGACCCGAAUGGCUACGAUUCAACGGUCGAUGGGGUAAUCCAAAGAGCAAAUGUCAUCCAUUGAAAAAACUUGGUCUCAAUUUUUGCGAAUUUUCCGAUGGGCCAACGGGCAUUCCGCUGAAAACGCCACAUUUCUUCUGCUCCAAAUAAACAGUUGCGAAAUUUGAUGCCGUUUUUUCUUUCCAAAUGAAUUUAUUUAUCGGUCGAAUGGAAUGAAAGUGAAAUUAUUUCAAGCGGAAAAAAAAAUUAAAAAUAAAUCUUCAUAUCCAGGAAUAGUGUAGCAAAAGAGGAUGUAAUUUUAAUUUUAAAUUAAACUGUGCUUUUAGAUGUAGUCAAUUUAUAAAAUCGAAAAUAAAUUAUUUUAUUUAAAAGUCAAAACCAAACAAAAACGAAACCACACACAAAUCGAAUGUUUUUAAUGGCGAGAUUUCGAAUCUUGAGCACUAUUGUCAUAAAAUUUAACUGUUUUCCCUUAUUUAAGUCUUCAUCAUGAUGAUUCAUUUCAGCAAUGCGGCAAAUAAUAAGCAGUAUUGAGGAAUGACACAAUCGAUGAAUGAUUGCUUUAUCUUA